AUGGACACCACUGACCUCAGCGCUAAGCGUCCUCGGACUGUCCAGCACCCAGCUGUGGAGGAGGCCGUCACCUUCUGGGUCUUGCAGUGCCAGCACCGUGGGGUCGCUCUCACUGGAGAUCUCAUACGGGCCAAGGCUCAGACCUUUGCGGGAUCAAUGGGCGUAUCGGAGGAAAACAUCAGCUUUUCGCAUGGGUGGCUCCACAAAUUCCAGCAACGCCACAAACUGCGAGCUGUCCGCAUUCAUGGUGAGAGUGGCUCAGCAGAUAUGGGCGCUCUAGAGGAGGCUCUUCCACACCUCAAGGCCGUGGUUGCUGGUUAUGCGCCACGUGACGUGUACAACAUGGACGAAACUGGUUUGUUCUACAGUAUGACGCCCGACAAAACGAUCGCCCAGCAAGAGGUCGAAGGGUUUAAAAAAGACAAGACGCGCAUCACAGUUGCUCUCACGGCAAACGCUGAUGGAUCCGACAAACUCCCGCCGUUCUUCAUUGGACACGCCAAAAAGCCGCGGUGUUUUGAGCACAAGACAGCUGAGCGACUGCGCUUUCUCUACCGCAACAACAAGAAAGCCUGGAUGACUGGCAUACUCUUCCAGGAAUGGCUGGGAGAUGUCGACAAAAGUAUGAAGCAAAAGGAUAGAAAAAUCCUGCUUCUCAUGGACAACGCUCCUUCACACAUUGUUGCUGACCUGGAACUCACCAACAUCACGGUCCAGGUUCUUCCUCCUAAUACGACUUCAAAGGUCCAACCCAUGGAUGCUGGGAUUAUUGCCGCAUUCAAGAGGCACUACCGCCGGCUGCAUCUGCAGAAUGCCUCGGACCGUGACGAGCGCGGAGAAACCAACCUUUACAAGGUUGAUCAGCUCACGGCCAUGCGUUGGUCGCUGGCUGCGUGGAGCGAGAUUUCCAGUGCCACAAUCGCCAACUGCUUCCGUCAUACGGGACUCAUGGACGGUCCGGCUCUGCCGACUAAUGGGGGUGAAAACGAAGCCGGCACUGUUGGCCAGCUCCCGCUCCGCAAUCCCAUGUCGAUCGCUUCUCUUCUCAAUCCGGCUGAGGAGGAGGAGACGGCGCAUGCGGAGCUGACCGAUGCCGAAAUCAUCAAGCUUGUUGAGGAUCCGUAUGGGGAGGAGGAAGGUGCUGCUGAGGCGGAGGAGGAGGCGGAAAAGCAUUCGAAGGUUGAAAAGCUUGCCAGCCUUAGUCUAUCCAUCGCCCUUCUCGACCUUUCUCAGGAGUCCCAUCGUAUAGCUCACCGGACCCUUCGCCAAGUCCAAGCUGAUCUCCGUAGUGCGAGCACCACUCAGGCCACACUUGAUUCCUGGCUGAAGUAG